GGCACAGAAUCGGCCCAGGCAGAGUCCUACAGAGGGAGAGCCCAGAGAAGCUGCAGAAGACACAGGCAGGGAGAGACAAAGAUCCAGGAAAAGAGAGCUCAGGAGGAGAGUUUGGAGAAGCCAGACCCCUGGGCACCUCUCCUAAGCCCGAGGACUAAGUUUUCUCCAUUUCCUCUAAAGGUCCCCAGCCCUUCUGAAAACUUUGCCUCUGACCUUGGCAGGAGUCCAAGCCCCCAGGCUACAGAGGAGAGCUUUCCAAAGCUCGGGUGUGGAGGACUUGGUGCCCCAGACGGCCUCAGUCCCUCCCAGCAGCAGCAGUACCAGUGCCAUGUCCCAGACGGGCUCAUAUUCCCGGAGGGGCUUGGCGGGGCGCUGGCUGUGGGUUGCCCAGCCCUGCCUCCAGCUCCCCAUUGUGCCGCUCUCCGGGCUGGUGUGGCUGCUUCUGCUACUGCUGGCCUCUCUCCUGCCCUCAGCCCGGCUGGCCAGCCUCCUCCCCCGGGAGGAGGAGAUCGUGUUUCCAGAGAAGCUCAACGGCAGCGUCCUGCCUGGUUCGGGCGCCCCUGCCAGAUUGUUGUGCCGCUUGCAGGCCUUUGGGGAGACGCUGCUACUAGAGCUGGAUCAGGACUCGGGCGUGCAGGUUGAGGGGCUGACAGUGCAGUACCUGGGCCAGGCGCCUGAGCUGCUGGGAGGAACAGAGCCUGGCACCUACCUGACUGGUACCAUCAAUGGAGAUCCGGAGUCGGUAGCAUCGCUGCACUGGGAUGGGGGAGCCUUGUUAGGGGUGUUACAGUAUCAGGGGGCUGAACUCCACCUCCAGCCCCUGGAGGGAGGCACCCCUAACUCCGCUGGGGGUCCUGGGGCUCACAUCCUACGUCGGAAGAGUCCUGCCAGUGGCCAAGGACCCAUGUGCAACGUCAAGGCUCCUCCUGGAAGCCCCAGCCCCAGACCCCGAAGAGCCAAGCGCUUUGCUUCACUGAGUAGAUUCGUGGAGACACUGGUGGUGGCAGAUGACAAGAUGGCCGCAUUUCACGGUGCGGGGCUGAAGCACUACCUGCUAACGGUGAUGGCAGCAGCAGCCAAGGCCUUCAAGCACCCAAGCAUCCGCAAUCCUGUCAGCUUGGUGGUGACUCGGCUAGUGAUCCUGGGGUCAGGCGAGGAGGGGCCCCAAGUGGGGCCCAGUGCUGCUCAGACCCUGCGCAGCUUCUGUGCCUGGCAGCGGGGCCUCAACACCCCUGAGGAUUCAGACCCUGACCACUUUGACACGGCCAUUCUGUUCACCCGCCAGGACCUGUGUGGGGUCUCCACUUGUGACACACUGGGUAUGGCUGAUGUAGGCACUGUGUGUGACCCGGCUCGGAGCUGUGCUAUCGUGGAGGAUGAUGGGCUCCAGUCGGCCUUCACUGCUGCUCACGAACUGGGCCACGUCUUCAACAUGCUCCAUGACAACUCCAAGCCAUGCAGCAGUUUGAAUGGGCCUCUGAGCACCUCUCGCCAUGUCAUGGCCCCUGUGAUGGCUCAUGUGGAUCCUGAGGAGCCCUGGUCCCCCUGCAGUGCCCGCUUCAUCACUGACUUCCUGGACAAUGGCUAUGGGCACUGUCUCUUAGACAAACCAGAGGCUCCACUGCAUCUGCCUGUGACUUUCCCUGGCAAGGACUAUGAUGCUGACCGCCAGUGCCAGCUGACCUUUGGGCCCGACUCAAGCCAUUGUCCGCAGCUGCCGCCGCCCUGUGCUGCCCUCUGGUGCUCUGGCCACCUCAAUGGCCAUGCCAUGUGCCAGACCAAGCACUCACCCUGGGCUGAUGGCACCCCCUGCGGGCCCGCACAGGCCUGCAUGGGUGGUCGCUGCCUCCACGUGGACCAGUUCCAGGACUUCAAUAUUCCACAGGCUGGUGGCUGGGGUCCCUGGGGACCAUGGGGCGACUGCUCUCGGACUUGUGGGGGUGGUGUCCAGUUCUCCUCCCGAGACUGCACGAGGCCUGUCCCCCGAAAUGGUGGCAAGUACUGUGAGGGCCGCCGCACCCGAUUCCGCUCCUGCAACACUGAGGACUGCCCAGCUGGCUCAGCCCUGACCUUCCGCGAGGAGCAGUGCGCUGCCUACAACCACCGCACCGACCUCUUCAAGAGCUUCCCAGGGCCCAUGGACUGGGUCCCUCGCUACACAGGCGUGGCCCCACAGGACCAGUGCAAACUCACCUGCCAGGCCCGGGCGCUAGGCUACUACUAUAUGCUGGAGCCACGGGUGGUAGAUGGGACCCCCUGUGCCCCGGACAGCUCCUCAGUCUGUGUCCAGGGCCGCUGCAUCCAUGCUGGCUGUGACCGCAUCAUUGGCUCCAAGAAGAAGUUUGACAAGUGCAUGGUGUGCGGAGGGGAUGGUUCUGGCUGCAGCAAGCACUCAGGCUCCUUCAGGAAAUUCAGGUACGGAUACAACAAUGUGGUCACUAUCCCUGCGGGGGCCACCCACAUUCUUGUCCAGCAGCAGGGGAAUCCUGGCCACCGGAGCAUCUACUUGGCCCUGAAGCUGCCAGAUGGCUCCUAUGCCCUCAAUGGCGAAUACACGCUGAUGCCCUCCUCCACAGAUGUGGUACUGCCUGGGGCAGUCAGCUUGCGCUACAGCGGGGCCACUGCAGCCUCAGAGACACUGUCAGGCCACGGGCCACUGGCCCAGCCUUUGACACUGCAAGUCCUAGUGGCUGGCAACCCCCAGAACGCACGCCUCCGAUACAGCUUCUUUGUGCCCCGGCCGACAACUUCAACACCACGCCCCACUCCCCAGGACUGGCUGCACCGAAGAGCACAGAUUCUGGAGAUCCUUCGGCGGCGCACCUGGGCGGGCAGGAAAUAACCUCACUAUCCCGGCUGCCCUUUCUGGGCACCGGGGCCUCGGACUUAGCUGGGAGAAAGAGAGAGGGCUCCUGCAGCUGCCUCAUGCUAAGACUCAGUGGGGAGGAGCUGUGGGUGUGAGACCUGCCCCUCCUCUCUGCCCUAAUGCGCAGGCUGGCCCUGCCCUGGUUUCCUGCCCUGGGAGGCAGUGAUGGGUUAGUGGGUGGAAGGGGCUGAGAGACAGUCCUCCAUCUAAACUGCCCCCUCUGCCUGCAGGUCACAGGAGGGAGGGGGAAGGCAGGGUGGGCCUGGGCCCCAGUUGUAUUUAUUUAGUAUUUAUUCACUUUUAUUUAGCACCAGGGAAGGGGGCAAGGACUAGGGUCUUAGCGAACCUGACCCCUGACCCCCCCUCAUAGCCCUCACCCUGGGGCUAGGAAAUCCAGGGUGGUGGUGAUAGGUAUAAGUGGUGUGUGUGUGUGUGUGUGUGUGUGCGCGCGCGCCGUGUGUGUGCUUAUGUAUGAGUUACAACCUGCCCUGCUUUCCUCUUCCUGAAUUUUAUUUUUUUGGGAAAAGAAAAGUCAAGGGUAGGAUGGGCCUUCAGGGAGUAAGGGAUUUUUUUUUUUUUUUUUUAGACAGAGUCUUGUUCUGUCACCCAGGCUGGAGUGCAGUGGUACUAUCUCUGCUCACUGCAUCCUCCGCCUCCCGGGUUCAAGCGAGUCUCUGUGCCUCAGCCUCCUGAGUACCUGGGAUUACAGGCUCCUGCCACCAUGCCCAGCUAAUUUUUUUUUUUUUUUUUGAGACAGAGUCUCACUGUUGUUGCCAGGGAUGGAGUGCAGUGGCAUGAUCUCCACUCACUGAAACCCCCGCCACCUGGGUUCCAGCAAUUCUCCUGCCUCAGUCUCCCGAGUAGCUGAGAUUACAGGUGCCUGCCACCAUACCUGGCUAAUUUUUGUAUUUUUAGUAGAGACGGAGUUUCACCAUGUUGGCUCGGCUGGUCUCGAACUCCUGACCUCAGGUGAUCCACCCGCCCUGGCCUCCUAAAUUGCUGGGAUUACAGGCAUGAGCCACCACUCCUGGUCCAUAUUUUUAAAAUCUGAAUUGAAUUCUGCUAUUUAUAUGUUCCUUUUUGGGUCAGACAGAUGUGGUUGCAUCCUAACUCCAUGUCUCUGAGCAUUAGCUUUCUCAUUUGCCAAUAAUAAUACCUCCCUUAGAAGUUUGUUGUGAAGAUUAAGUAAUGUAAAUAAAGAACUAGCA